AUACAGUCUGUGGGGAGGCAGCCAGAGUGAUGAAGGGAGGAGAUGAUGGAUGAUAUUUCAGCAGCGCUAUUUGUUUGCCGUUAUGUUGGUGAUUAUAAAAACUUGAUUUCACUUAUUUCCUUCAGAUCUGGCACGGGAAAUCGGACGCUACAGCCCGUUUGCUACAUCGCAGGUGUGCGCUGUGACCAUCGGUAGCUGAAUUACUAUAAUAAAUGGUUUUGGAGCUUGCAGCGCCCGCAAGUGCAGGCCCUUUGCUACAGCGCUCCAUCCCGCACAUCGAGCGUGUUUUCCGGGUUAGGGUCAGCUACUGCCCCGCCGAAUCAAACUGCGACAGCGCUAAUGGGAGCAACCAAAGCAAAAGUAUCACUGUAAUCAUCCAGGACGGCACCGAGGAUGACUGCGCUAAGGCUAAAGAGUACAUAGUGUCCCUGGUCGCGCCAGCGCACUGCCGCCGCGUGCGCCUGACUCUGUCGCUGCACCGGCGGCUGCAGACGCUGCACUGGGCCAUCGAGUAUGAGACGGGCGCGGUGCUGACGCUGCGCGAGCAUGCUGUGGUGCUGCAGGGGGCCCGCGAGGCGCAGGUGAGCGCCGCCUGGGCCAUGCUGCAGCGGCCCAGGAUGGAGUCCCGAGCAGCGGGCGCUGCGCGCCGGACCGAGACCCCCUCCUCCGGUUCCUCCACCUCCACCUCCAUCUCCGGCUCCUCGUCCACGCUACAGAUGCAGGCCCCUCCGGGGACAACAACGGGCACGCCAAUGCCAACACCGGCCGCCACUGCUGCUGCUGCAGAAUCGGAGGAGGAGGAGGAAGAGGAGGAAGAAGGAGAAGAAGAGGAGGAUGAGGAGGAGGAAGGAGAGGAGGAGGAAGAGGAGGAGGGGAGUAGUUCAGAGAGUGAGGCGCAGGACAGGCAGGCCCAAGCCGGUGACGGAGAAGCAGGAGGAGGAGAUGGGGGAGGAGGAAUGGGGCUUGGUGGGGGAGGUGUAGCAGUAGUAGUAUCAGGAGGAGGAGGAGGAGGAGGAGGAGGUGGAGUCAUGAGGAGGAGGGGAGGAGAGGCACUUAUUGCCACCAAGCCCCACCGGCAGCUGUGUCGCUCCCCUUGCCUGGACCGGCCCAGUUUCAGCCAGAGCAGCACGCUGCAGGAGUUGAGGGCCGACGACAGCCGUGGCCCCCCAGGGGCCCAAACACCACCUGGGGCCCCCAUUGGAGCGCCCGUGCGGCAGGCCAGCGAACGAGACUACCAGUCCAAGAUGGACUUCGCUCUCAAGCUGGGUUACUCCGGAGAACAGGUGGAGUCAGUACUCAGCAAGCUGGGCUCCGGUGCUCUCAUCAACGACUUGCUGGCUGAGCUGGUGCGACUGGGCAACAAGGGGGAGCUGGAGGCCGCUGGCGGCGGAGGAGGUGGUGGUGGUGGAGGAGGAGGAGGAGGAGGCCAGGGGCCUGCCACCAUGCUGGCCCCCAGGGGCCCCAGUGGGAAGGAGGCCGUCAGCCCUGAGGCCUCGCUGGAGGAGGAGUCCGGUGAAUGCUACGACAACCUCAGACCCAUCGUCAUAGACGGCUCCAAUGUAGCCAUGAGCCAUGGAAACAAAGAGGUUUUUUCCUGCAUGGGGAUUCAGCUGGCGGUGGAUUGGUUCCUGGAGAAAGGCCACAAAGACAUCACCGUGUUUGUGCCUGCGUGGAGGAAAGAGCAGUCCAGGCCCGAUGCCCCCAUCACAGACCAGGAGAUCCUGCGUAAGCUGGAGAAGGAGAAGAUCCUGGUGUUCACACCGUCGCGACGCGUGCAGGGCCGCCGGGUGGUCUGCUAUGACGACCGCUUCAUCGUCAAGCUGGCCUGCGACUCUGACGGCAUCAUCGUCUCCAAUGACAACUACCGCGACCUUCAGAACGAGAAGCCCGAGUGGAAGAAGUUCAUCGAGGAACGCCUCCUCAUGUACUCGUUCGUCAAUGACAAGUUUAUGCCGCCUGAUGAUCCUCUAGGAAGACACGGGCCCAGUUUAGAGAACUUCCUGCGGAAGAGACCAGUGGUGCCUGAGCACAAGAAGCAGCCAUGUCCCUACGGAAAGAAAUGCACGUACGGCCACAAGUGUAAAUACUACCACCCCGAGCGAGCCAACCAACCUCAGCGCUCCGUCGCCGACGAGCUGCGGGCCUUUGCCAAGCUGUCCGCCGUCAAGACCAUGAGCGAGGGAGCGCUGGCCAAAUGCGGCACCGGCGGCAGCGCGGGGGGCGUCUCCAAGGGCGACGGGGGCUCCGAGGCCAAACGCGUGGCCCCCAAGCGUCAGUCGGACCCCAGCAUCCGCUCCGUGGCCGCCGAACAGCAACAACAACAACAACAGCAGCAGCAGCAGCAAGAAGAUCCGCGAGGCCUGUGCCAGGCGCGAAAAGCCGAAGCCAGCUCCGUGCCCUCGCUGGUCACGGCGCUCAGCGUGCCCACCAUGCCCACGCUGGUGAAGAGCCACGCGGCGGCGGGCGCCCUCAACACGCGCUCGGCCAGCAGCCCCGUGCCGGGCUCCAUGCACUUCACCCACAGCCUGCUGGAGCACGCGGGCAGCGUGGGGGGCCAGUACCCGCCCAUCCUGGUCACCAACAGCCACGGCGCCUCGGUGGCCUACGGCGAGCCCUUCCCCAAGUACGACUCGGUGAGCGUGAGCGACCACGGCUACUACUCCAUGCUGAGUGACUUCUCCACCGUCAGCCUGGGCAGCAUGGCGGGCCUGGACAGCUUCUGCAGCCUGGAGCAGCCCGAGCCGGGCCAGGGGCCGGGGGGCUACGCAACGAGCAGACCCCCGAGCCUGUGCCCCGAGCCCUGCCGCAGCCACUCCUCCGACUCCUCCUCCUUCUCCUCCUACGGCGACCCCUACCUGAGCUCCAUGGAAGGCUCCAUGGACGACGGAGGAGGAGGAGGCAUGAAGGGGCAGCCGCCCUCCCUGGCCCAGACGCAGUCGCCAUCCCAGGCCCGUCUGCAGGCCUUCGCCCACGGCUUCCACCACGACGCGCUGACCCGGGUCCAGAGCUACGGUCCCGACGACAUGGGCUCGCCCAAGCCCAGUGGGCUGCGCAAGCAGACGUCGGCACACCUGGUACCUCACCACCAGCAGCAGCAGCAACAGCAGCAGCAGCAGCAGCAGCAGCACCAGCAGCAACAUCAGCAGCAGCACGCUCUAGUGGGCGCACGCUCCAGCUGCCCGGGCGACUACCCCCUGCUGCCCCAGAACGUGCUGCCCUCCUCGGGCUCCAUGAUGGGCCCCGGCGGCGGCGCCCCCCAGGGCCGCUCGCUGGGCAUGACGCGCAUGGACAGCAUCUCGGACUCGCGGCUGUACGAGAGCAACCCGCAGCGCCAGCGCCGGCCGCCGCUGUGCCGCGAGCAGCACGCCAGCUGGGACCCGCUGCCCUGCGGCAACGAGCAGCCCUACGGCUACCACGCCUACGGGCUGGCGGGCGGCGGCCUCAUGCCCUGCUGCGAGCGCGUCAUGGUGCGCAGCAUGCCCGACAAGAUGGAACAGAUCUGGAGGUCUCCGUCGGACACCCCGCCGCCUCCCCCGUCGCUGGCACACCCGCACGGCGGGGCGCACUCGCUGGACCACCCGCAGGAGCGCCACCCCAUCCCCGAGCAGCAGUACCAGACCUACCGCAACCUCUGCAACAUCUUCCCAGCCUACGUGGUGCACUCGGUCAUGGAGAAGAACCCCCACCUCACCGACCCCCAGCAGCUGGCCGCGCUCAUCGUCACUAAGCUGCGACACUGAGGCGGAGAGAGAGACACGGGAGACGGAUGAGGUUGGCGAUGGUGACCGGAUUGCUUGACCUUUGACAGAUGGACGGCCGAAACUUAAAAAGUACAGAGUACAAAGUA